AUGAGCGAGAAUCGCUCAGUGAAGGGUAAUGCUGGUGGGAAACGUUAUACGUUCCGCGCGGACAUGAUAGAAUGGCAGGCAGUAGAGUUGGAAAGGAGUCGUCCUACGUCAGUGGCGACGACCGAGAGGGCCCCGUCGGAAAGGGUUAAUGAAAUCAUCAUUGAUUCGUCCGACGAAGACGAGUCAGAAGAGGGAAGAGACUUCCCCAUGACUAGUAAGGCAAGUGCGCCACCCGCCGACACGCAUCCAAUGCCGCCGCCUGCAGUCACCCGCCCACAUCCGAAGGAAGGCCAGGAGGCAACUAGUGGGGAGCCCGCUAAGAAAAAGAGGAAGCGCUCAAGCGCUGCAAUGAAUGUUUAA